GCUGCUCUUCUUUAAAUGACUGCACUGAUCAGCUGGUUCCGCCGCUAGAGUCUGUAGUUGAGUUGUCUCUACAUCCCUCAGCAUCCUUUCACCUUACUCUCUUCCAGCGGUCACUGGAUGUAAAAAGCUAUAUUUCAGUAUGAUUUCAGGAUAUCAUUUUUGCAUACUGUAACGGCACAACCCACAUUUAUUCAGCAAGAUCAGGUUGAAAGUGUGUGGUCCUCUCAUUUGGCUCUGGGUUCCCAUGGGCAGUGUGCUGGCCUUGUCAAACCGGCCAGGGCGCCAAAACUCCCCCUUUCCACAAGAUAGACCCUUGUCACGGUGGGAUAGGAGAGAUGGACGGCUGCCUAACCCGGGAAGCUUUGAUGGUCUACACCGCAACUGUAAAGAUGUAUUUCCACAGCAGAUUGAAGGUGUAAAACUGGUGAUAAAUAAGACCCUCAGCAGUUUUUUCAAGGUCAGUCACACGUUUCACCUCAGUGCUGUUGCUCCGUCCAGUUAUCGCUUUCACGCUGAGCACCUACAGUCAGACACUGACAGCAAAGAAACGGACUCACCUAUGCUUAUUGGGGAAAUGGACUCCUCUGGCAGCUUAAAUGCACACUCUUUGUUUCAUCUGAGUGAGAAAAUAAGAGCUAAAGCAGUAUUUCAGACUCAACAGGCACAGUUUGUCACAUGGCAGUUUGAGACGGAGUAUAGAGGCAGUGACUUCACAGCAGCGAUUACUUUGGCUAACCCUGACAUUCUCAGGGAAUCAGUUAUCAUGGUUGCACACUUUCUUCAAAGCGUAUCCCCGCAGCUGGUACUGGGGGGAGAGCUGGUGUACCAUCGAGGUCGAGCAGAAGAAGGGGGAAUACUUACCCUGGCAGGCCAGUACUCAGGGCCAAAUUGGGUUGCAACUCUGAAUGCUGGUAAAGGAGGUGCACAUGCUAGCUACUACCACAGGGCCAACAAACAGAUUCAGGUGGGAGUGGAGUUUGAGGCGAGUACUAGGACCCAAGAGACAACCUUCUCUUUUGGUUACCAGAUGGAACUUCCUGAAGCUAAAAUGGUCUUCAGAGGAAUGUUGGACAGCCGCUGUAUCAUUGGUGGGGUUCUGGAAAAGCGGCUCUACCCUCUGCCUGCCACCUUGAUCAUGGGUGCCUUUGUCAACCACAGAGCGGACAAGUUGCAGGUCGGUCUUGGGGUCAGUGUUGGUUAGAUACGGAUCCUAACUCAAUAUAGGCACGCUUAAGACUUUGGGGACCCCAGAAAACCACCUUCACGUCUGCCCAAAGACACUGGUCCACCACAGACUACGGACAGAACAGGAAAUCCAACCAAAGCCCUGUUUGCCAUACUGGACAAUCAUGCCGUUCAUGGCCAGCAGGAAUGAGGGCUAAAAAAGACCAGGAACACAAAUCCCUCUAUGUUUGUUCCAUCCUGUUUCAAAGGUUUAGCUGUUUUGGUCUUAUGUUGGCCCCUAAGUAACCUGAGGUAAAUAACUGAGGUAUGUUCACAGAUUUUUUCUUAUUUAAGAACAAGGUGGCAGCAUCUGUUGGCAGAGACCAUGCAAAUGCAGUGACGUAAAUGAGUGUCGCAAAAUUUCCUGUGACUUCUCUAUUAAAGAUCUAUUUUUUGUAGCAAACUCCAGUUAUAGUUUAGACUUUAAUAUCAAUAAAUCAAGCCAAACAUACUGAUGAUUAGCAAAGAGGUCCAAAAAUGUUUCAUGUGUUAUCCCCUCAAUUGACUUCCAUUCAAAUAAAACACCAUCUGCUCUCCUUCUUAAACUAACUUUUACGUCUCUUCUUAGGGGACGGACUCUGGUAUGAAGGCUAGUAUGACAAUGGAAGGAAACACAGUGACAGUGUGAGCUGUAUAAGGAAGGAUGCAUUAUACAUGA